CACAUUCAGCUCUCAUAUGUCAGGGUCGGGGUUGAUUAAUGAUCUUGGUGUACUUGUGUCUAGACUGGGGCAAUGAGGACAGGUGAAUUUGAUUCUUCUGACGAAGAGGACUUUGGUGAAGUGGAAGCCACACCUUUUCAGAUCUCAUGGUUGUCUCUGUCAGUGGUGGAGUGUUCCCAGUCUCUUGGCAUUUGUUCCUUACCUGGAUGCAGAUAUAAAGAAACAAGAAGAAACCUGCAGAAAGAUGUUGCUGAGAUGUGUGAUCAGGGUGUGGAGGACGUGUUUGUGUUCUGUACCAGAGGAGAGCUGGUGCGCUACAGGGUGCCCUGUCUGUUAGAGGUUUAUUCUCUGAAUGGACUCAGAGUGCACCACCUCCCCUUCCCGGACGGGAACACCCCAGAGCUUCCGCAAUGCAGCUCCAUUCUGGAAGAACUGCAGGACUGCCUGCAGAAUCAGCGCAGGACUGUCAUACACUGUUAUGGAGGCCUGGGGCGCUCAGGGUUAAUUGCUGCUUGUUUGCUGCUGCAGCUCUCUGUCUCGAUGACACCCAGUGUUGCUCUUGAGAUCCUGAGGGAGCUGAGAGGAGGAGGAGCUAUUCAGACCGUCAAGCAAUACAACUUCCUUCAUGAGUUUCGGGAGAAGUUUGAAGCAUAUCAAGAAACCAAAGAACGACUUUCAGAGAGAUCAGUGUCCCGAUGAUCAUCCUGACAUCCAGACGAUGUAAAAGCAGAAAAAAAAGACCGAUCACUUUGGUGUUUUUGCUUAUUGGAUUUUCUCUGCUUUGAUUAUGAAUGCAUUGGUUUCUUUUCUGAUGGCACUUUAAAAAUUCGGUAUUUUUAUAAGUCGAUCUAAUAAUAUUGUGCUUAAUAUAUAACUUUACCUUUGCAAUUAAUUGUGUCUUGUUCAGUAAAAGGGUCUUAAAGUUGCAGCAAAUGAUUUUUUUCUGAGACACGCUGUUGAAAAUUGUAAUCAACACCAAAACAAAUAAUUUUGUGAAUAUUUUCUA